AGUUGCUGAGGCAGAACUGAAAUCGUGGCUUGCCUCAAAGAAAUGACAGAGUUGUCAGCUAAUUAUUUUCACUUUCAAGGUUUCUUUUCUUUUCUUUUUAAAAAGCUUGUAUAAGAUUCUAAACCUUUAACAACUGAUGCCAGAUCUUGGGAUGCUUACCUAGUUGCUUGAUGCUUUAGAAAACAAAUAAGGUCUUGAAGACGAAAAACCAACUAAUCUGUAUCUGUGGGUUAAGUUUUCUCUCAACUGGAUGAAGUCAUUUCUACAACAAAAACUGAGCUCUACAAAUGCAUAAUACUGCUUAUCCAUGUAAAACAAAUGCUUAUUGUUUGUGGUGCCCCAUGAUGUUACAGUGGAGCUGAACCAGUAACACAGUGGUGAUGUGGUAAACUGGUAAAAGUAACAGAUCCAACUGUCAAGUUUAAAAAGUAAAUGGAAAGGAUCUGCUUGAUAGAACUAAGAGCAUAUUUCCUUGCCUGCAUGUUUAAAUUAAUAUUCGUACAAACUAGAACAGUAUAUUUCUAUUCUGAAACCAUAAAGAAUCUCCUAGUGUCUUCUAAAAUGUCCUGUAUGCACUGACGAUGAAAAGAAGAAAAUUGUGGGAUUACUCCUUUCAUCUUUCUUGGAGAAUGGAUGGAGAGUCCUUUACUUCUACCAUCUAUUCUGGGAAUAUUCCCUCAGAAACUGGCAUGACACUGGAACAGAAGACUACCUUUGUCUUUGUUAUUUUAUUGUUCAUUUUCCUAGGAAUUCUCAUUAUCAGAUGUUUCCGAAUUCUCUUAGACCCAUACAGAAGUAUGCCAACCUCUACCUGGGCUGAUGGACUUGAUGGACUAGAGAAGGGCCAAUUUGAUUAUGCUCUUGCUUAGAAUCAGUUAUUCAAUUUAUUUGAACCCUCAGACAUUCAAAAAUUUAUGUUUAACAGGCAAAGAACUAUUUAAUUUUUUAAAAGUUGCAAAGCUUGCUAAGCAUUUAAAGAGAAACCAGUUGUCUCAAUAAAGAAAAUAAUACAUUUUCAUGUGCCAAAUUCAGCUUCAAAAGCAUAGCAGAAACCUAUGCAAUACGCAUAUGUCUGACAAUUCAAAUAAUAUUUCAUUUUGCCACUGUUAGGGGCAUCAGUUUCUCAAAGCUGGUGUAUAUUUCCUGGGGCACAACUAAAUCUUUAACAAGCAUGCCUAAGUUUAAAUGCAGUUCUCCAAAAAAUAUUUUUUCUUUGAAAAUUGUUUGUGAAAAUUAGAUAUUACACAAGCACUGAUUAAAAAGUCUCUUUAUUCCAUUUGCUUCCUGUUACCAGAGAUUCUUCUCAGCAAUUUUAAUUCAAAAUGUAUAGCUAAAAGCAAUUUAUGCUGAAAAGCUGCUUAUAGCACAUAUUUGUAUAUCUAUAGCUGCUAUCACAGAUAUAAAUCACAAUUCUUCCCUGACUGCAGGUUAAUGUAUAAGCUGGUUUAUAUCAACCAUUGCUAGAUUUACCUUUUUAAAAAGUGGGACUACCAUACUAAGUUUAACAAAGUUCUGAGCUGCCCUCAAAAAUACAUGUAUGUUCAUAUCUACAUUUAAACUGUUCCUAUUUUCUGGGACCUGUUCUUGGUUAAACAGUGCCUUUUAGAAAAAUACAAGGGAUAGUUUUUAAAAACAAUUGAAUAAUUGAAAUACAAUUAUUUAGAAUAUCCAGAUGUUUAGAACUUCACCCACUCUUUUCUUAUAUUCCCCCUUAAGGGAAACUUAAUAUAAUAACAAUGCCAGUUAUGUUCUAUGGAAUUUGCAAGCAAGACAACAUAUUUGGAAAUCUUUUCCAAAUAUUAUUUAUUGUCGUAUGGUUAUUAUCAUAUGCUUAUUAUUAUACAUGUGUAAAUACCCUAAAGUAAUUAAGAAGAAACAUACAACAUAGCCAAUAGUAGGUUAUAGAAACUAGAAAAUCUCAUCUGUUAAAUUUUGUGAGAGAUUCUAGUUAAAUCAUAUUCAAAUUUCUAAAUAGGUAAGGAAGAUAUUUAUUAUUUUAUUUAUUUCAUUUCUACUCCACUCUUCAAUGAGGCUCAGAGUGGCUUACAACAUUCAUUCCCCCUCCAUUUUAUUCUUACAAUAUCCCUGUGACACAGGUUGGGUUGAAUGCGUGUUACUGGCCCAAAAUCACCCAGCAAGCUUGCACAGCACAGUAGGAAUUCAAACCUGUGUCUCCCAGAGCUUUGUCCAUCACUCUAAUGCACCACAUCAGCUAACAUAAUAAUAUGAAAACAGAUGUUUCCAUAUAUAUUCAAGGUGGGAUUAGUUUAUCUGAUUUCUUUAACAAGAAAUUCUUUAGGAGUAAUCAUAAGAAUAUAGAUCCUGAAAAUCCUUUCUAAAAGUUUAACGUCUGUGCUCUAUAAAUAAUAUGAUAGAAAAUAAUUAUUUGGUCCAAUAAAAAUAAACAUUUUCUGUUUCUUUGUA